AUGGUCCUCUCCCGCCAAGUCCUUUCUGGUCUGCUCGCAUUUGGCCUUGCUGGGCGUUGCCUUGCGGGCUACAACGGGACUCACGCGCAGGAAGGGGAACUCGCCAAGCGCACGGGGAUUGCCACUGCUGUGGCCUACGCGACGGUGGUCGGCGGGGUCUCGACUGUCGUUCUAGCCGCCGAGGCUGGCGUCAAUAUCUACCAGUACAUUGCGGCGAUCAUCAAGGCCAAGUCCACCGCCGACUCGUGCACGGUCACCUACGGCGUCGACUCUGAAGAAAGCUAUGUCGAGGGCUACGCUUACGAGGCCACGACCUCCGGCUCGAACUGCGAGACCACCGCGGAGAAAAAGACAAUCCUAGCCGCUGUAGAGAAGUGUGCCACCGCCUUGAAUGCCGCCGGCGCCGUCCGUGGUUGCUGUACGAUGACCCAUAGAGGGACCUGGGAGGGUCACUUGCGCUUGACCGCGGAGCCGAGCGUUUACCCUGCUACCACGGUGACUUGUUGAGGGGAAUGGAAUCAGCUGAUAGAUGAAGAACUUGGAUUGAACGGGAAGGGAAC